CCACCCGAGACUUGGAAUACGAAGCUUCAGAAGCUCAUUUUUUUCCGUAAAGUGUUCGGAUCAGUCGUCAGCUGAUUUCUCCAUCAACAAGACUGGCUACUUACCCGGCGAACACCUGUGUGGACACCGUGAUAGUUUAUCGUAUUUGUGUUUGUGUUCAAACCGUCAUUCCGCAGUGUUGGAAUCGUCACCCUUCCGAGUUUUAAAAAUCGUGUCUGGUGAUAGAUCUAAGUGACAGUGAUUGCUUCAGAAAUAAACCUCUCAAGCUUUAAUGUGUGUCGCUGAAAUUUGCCAUAAUAUCGAUGGACUUCAAAUGGGUGUGGAGUGCGUCCUUCACCAACUUGGGUUCGCAGAGUGUCGCGCCUUGUAUCUACGCCCUCACGGCUCCUGCCGCCCCUCCGCCGCCGCCGCCGCCUCCCCUGCCCCUCUCCUCGUGCUGUGGGCGUGGCAGUGGUGAGCACACCUUUCCCGCGGCGAGCACAUCCCUCGGCUGUGUUCCUAUGGCCAUUCCUUAUCCGGCCAUGGCCGGAAGGUGCAUCGGAGUCCCCGUGUUCGGGAAGGUGGAGGUGCAGAGCCAGGUGUCGUCUUUCGUGACGCGAGGCAGCGGCGCCAUCAGGAGCUCGUACAUCGCCCCCAAACCCCUGGGCGCCGACGACACCAAGGCGAAAGACGCCGCCUCCAAGGAUGGCAAAAUCCUCUCCCGGCCGCCUCGCUUCCCGCUGGCGCUCACGCAGAACGUGCCCGAACACGCCUCGAAGAAACCCGCGGACGCAGGAGCACCCUUCCGCUUCGGGCUCCGCGUCGACGGGGCCCCCACGGCGGUCCACGCGGCGACGGUGGGGCGGCCGCGGAGGGUCACGCGGAGGGUCAGCGGCUCCAGGACCCCCCAGCCCUACCAGCGCCGCAGGAGGGGCCAGGGGGCCAUCGACGACCACGUCCUGCAGGUCCCAGGACAGGAACACGUGACAAGCUCGUUACCGCAAAAGGUCAUCUGGAAGCGAAAUUACUGCCUCGCCGAUGACUACGAGGAGGUGAGAGACCAAAAAUGCAGUCAUUCCUACGCUGAGUUGGAUUAUGGAAAUGAAUCUGUUCCCAGUGCACACUGCGCAUUUGUAAAACCAGCAGGUCGUAGUCAUGAUAAGAGGUGCAUGACUAGCGUCUGCACAUGCCUCUCAAUAUACGGGAAUAAAGCUGUAUCUUCGCUGACUUUCGCCUUGUUAGAAAUAGCCACAGAUAAAAAAAAAGUUACUCAUGCCACGCACGUUGCAGACCACGAUGCACACGAGAUUGCAACCCUUAAUUCCCUAAGCAUUGUGUGUGUCUCUUGGAGGUUGAAAGUGACAUGCCUCUUAUAUUACCAUUCCUCUUCAGGAGUCAUGAAGUGCUAG